CUGUGUGUGCGUGUGUGUUGUGUGUCGGAUAGAAAGUCAGCCUGGUUUCCAGCUGAGUGCUUGCUCUCUCACAGUGUGUGUGUGUGUUGUCAUUAUUAUCCACUCUGCUCCCAGCUCAGAAUGGCCAGAUUCACUCAGACUGAAACAAGAAGGCAGCACCAUCCACAGCAGCCCCAGCCCGCUCACUCCAGCCUGGUUUUCACCGGACCGGGGGCGCCACCGACCCAACAACCACUACUACUUAUCCCACACCAGCACCAGUACCCUCAGAUCACAUUUCCGAAACCCAUGAACGGGUCAGAACCCAUUUCAAUUCAUCCGGAGAGCGGCAACAUGAAAGACCAAGAUGCCAUUAAGCUGUUUAUCGGGCAGAUACCGCGGAACUUGGAGGAAAAAGACCUGAAACCUCUGUUUGAACAGUUUGGGAAAAUCCACGAACUGACAGUUCUCAAGGACCGAUACACCGGCAUGCACAAAGGUUGUGCAUUCCUCACCUACUGCGCCAGAGAGUCGGCCAUCAAAGCCCAGAACGCCCUCCAUGAACAGAAAACACUGCCAGGGAUGACUCGCCCCAUCCAGGUGAAACCGGCCGACAGCGAGAGCCGUGGAGAAGACAGGAAGUUGUUCGUCGGGAUGCUGAACAAACAACAGACCGAGGAGGACGUCUACCGUCUCUUCGAACCCUAUGGAGUCAUCGAGGAGUGCACGGUCCUAAGAGGUCCUGACGGAAACAGCAAAGGUUGCGCCUUCGUCAAGUUCUCCACACACACCGAGGCUCAGUCUGCAAUCAGUGCCCUCCACGGCAGCCAGACCAUGCCAGGUGCUUCCUCCAGCUUGGUGGUCAAGUUCGCCGACACAGACAAGGAGCGCACCAUCAGACGUAUGCAGCAGAUGGUCGGGCAGUUUGGCAUCUUCAACCCAGCCAUCGCACUUCCCUUCAGCACCUACAGCUCUUACGCACAUGCGCUCAUGCAGCAGCAGGCAGCCAUCAUGGCAGCAAGCCACGGAGGUUACCUCACGCCCAGCGUGGCCUUCCCCACCACGCAGAUCCACCAGAUGGGGGCGCUCAACAUCAACAGCCUCCCACCCACCCCCAUGACCCCGGUGUCGGGUGAGUUUCAUCAAACCCUGGCAGGCCUCAGUUCUCCACCAGCCAACAUCACCACCUCCGCCGUGCCCAGCAUCGUCACGCCCAUCGUCAACGGAUUCACCGGCAUCCCCCAUCAGCCCAACGGACACCCCGCUGUGGAGACUGUGUACACCAACGGCCUGCCGCCCUACUCCACCCAGAGCCCCACCGCUGCCGACACACUCCAGCAAGCCUUCACCGGAGUACAGCAAUACACAGGUGUGAGACAGGAAUGCUCUGUUUGCUAUGCGAUCUACCCAGCCACCACGCUGACUCCCAUUGGCCAGACACUGCCCCAACCACCCCAGGUCAUCCAGCAGCAGCAGCAGAGAGAAGGUGAGGGUCCCGAGGGCUGUAACCUGUUCAUCUACCACCUGCCACAGGAGUUUGGAGACAACGAACUCAUGCAGAUGUUUCUGCCCUUCGGCACCGUCAUCUCCUCUAAAGUCUUCAUGGACCGGGCAACCAACCAGAGCAAGUGCUUCGGCUUCGUGAGCUUCGACAACCCUGCUAGUGCACAGGCAGCUAUUCAAGCCAUGAACGGCUUUCAGAUCGGGAUGAAGAGGUUGAAAGUCCAGCUAAAGAGACCGAAGGAUGCCAGCCGCCCUUACUGACACAGCCUACUUUCAGUAUUCAUUGCAGCAGCACAGGUUUUAGAGGACACGUGAAGUUAUCUCGGAGGAGUUAAACUUUUUUUCUUUGAAAAGCAAAAUAUGUUUUAAAAAAAAUCAACACAUAUGGAAUUUUUUGAAGACAUAUCAGCAUUUACUUAUGAAGAUAUAGGUUAUGGCAGAAGAAGACGAAGAUGAAGGAGAAGAAGAAGAAGAAGAAGACGUGAAAAGAGGAGGAGGAGGAGGAGGCGCUUCACCGGGGGACUUAACAGUAACAGAUGGCACAGUGCAAGAACGACGCGAAGAGAGAGAGAAAAAAAAAAACUGAAAAAAGAUGCGACGAGACUGAACAACAGAACUUUUUUUCUUGUUGAGACUUGAAUUGUUAAUUAAGCAACAAACUAACAAACAAAAAAGCAGCAACAACAGAUAGAUUUCUAUAUACAUAUUAUAUACACAUAUAUAUAAGGAAAGAGGCGCUUGUGGCUUUUACUGUACUGGACAAAUGAGGGUUAAAACUUGAAGAUCAAGAAACACAGUGGAAAAAAAAGGAGCUUAUUCUAUACGUCCACUGACAGACUUUCUUUCUCUUUCCCUCUUUCUCUUUUUCUCUCACCGUCUCUCAGCAAGCGCAGAGCUAUGACUCUUGGAGGUCACUGAGGUUUCCAUUAACAACAGUAGAACUGCAAAUCUUUCACCCCUAAGGGACCAAAGGACCAAACAUUUUUAUUGUUCUGAACAGUAAUAUAUAGUAUUAAAUGAUACUAAUACUACAAACUACUACUAAUAAUAUUACAAGUUAAACUUAAGAAGAAAUUACUAGCUUCAGGUUGAAAAAAAAAAAAAGAGGAAAGGGGGUUUUAGUUUAUUUUCCUUUUACAUUUAUAGCUACUGGGUUUGAGGAUAUUAAAACAAAACAGAAAAAAAAAUGUAUUAAAAAAA